AAAUCCAUAAUAAAAAGGCAUGGAGCAGCUUCAAGGAUAAGUCUCCCUGCUACUCUUCCUCUUUAACGUACACUUGCCCAGCCACUACUACCCCCCACUCUCUCUCUCUCUCUCAAUCUUGUUAGCAAUUCUCUGGAUCUCUCUCUCUCUAUUCUCUAAGCAGGCUUUCCAAAAAUGGAGACAGCCAGAAACCAUGUAUUAACAGCAAUACUCCCUCUAAUGUCGCUCCUGAUGAUCAUGCCUCUGCCGGAGGCAAUGGCAACUCCAGAAGCACACACCUCGUCCAAGUACCAGAUCGCAUGCACAAUGUGCUCGGCCUGUGACAACCCUUGCAACCCAGUGCCAUCGCCCCCACCACCCUCGCCGCCUCCAGCCUCGCCACCUCCGCCACCGCCAACAACAUCCACCCCCUCCAACUGCCCACCACCGCCAUCCCCACCAAGCUCCGGGGGCGGAGGCGGCGGAGGAGGCUCGUACUACUACUCUCCACCCCCGCCAUCUCAGCCCUCCUACACUUACUCCUCACCGCCGCCACCAAUUAUUGGCGGCGCAGUCUAUCCUCCGCCAAACUACAAGAACUACCCAGGGCCGCCACCCCCUAAUCCCAUUGUGCCAUACUUUCCGUUCUACUAUCACAGCCCCCCUCCUCCAUCUAUCGGCAGCUCGUUGAGGGGUUCUUUGGUUUAUACUGCCGCUACUAUUGGGUUUGCUAUUCUUGUUUGCUUGUUUUGAUGGUAAAGAAAAUAAGAGGAACAAAAGGGUGGAAUAUUGUGGCAGAUUGGCAGAUCUAGGGUCUUGAUCUUUCAUUCUUUACAAGGAAGAAAGAAACUGAGUUGGGAGAGGACAAGGACCAAGGUUGCUGUGCACCGAGACCAGAAAACAAGCAAUCCUGACUCAUUUCAAGUAAUCUCUCUCUCUUUCUCGUUCUCCUUCUCUUUCUGUCUUGCUAUAGAGUGAUCUGUAAUUUGUUUACAAGUUGUACCUUUUUAAUUCCGUUGGAUACAAAUUAUGGAUGAAAAUAAUGGAAUUUUAGCCAUUUUUAUCAGUGAA